UGAGGAGCGGAUUCUUGGUGGGGGCAGCCUCGCCGAACGAAAAGAUUCAGGAGAAAGAGAGAUAUAGGGAGAUACUUUUGUGUGGUAAUGUCGGUAAUAAUGUGACGGAACCUUAAACACAUAAUUUCACAAGCGCUGCACCCAUAACCCGCGUAUACGCAAAGGAUGCCUUAUGGAUGUGUUAUUAGAGCGGAAAUGUUAAGUACUGUAUUUAAAUUAUGAAACACUUUUAGGCUGGGAUACAUACAGGCGCUUAAACACCUCAUGUUUGGAUGAAUGGAGUGAACACAUUUGGAUACUAAAACCGAGGACGAAAACGAGGAGAAAACGAAUUGUUUGUUGAUAGUUUUUUUUGUAUUGAUUUGAGUUGAGUUGUUUUGACUGAAGUGGGAAAGAAGGGGAGAGGGAAGGAAUAGGAGAACCAACGGUGGGGAUUCUGCUAUAAACGCCAGACCGGGAUUUGUGUCUGGAAUCGGACCAGGAAUUAGACAGAAUUCCAAGAUAUUACAAAGGGAAAGGUUCUAUGAAGAGUCCGUGGAGUUCCGAGAGAGCUCGAGACUAAAAACCAUGCCUGGCGCAUGAUGCCCAUAAACCCGCUGUAGCGACCACCUGGAAACUAUACAGCCCGCAAGACGCACGCACGUACCGACUCUUUUCCUCCCUCUUGCUCGCUCUUCUCUCUUCCCUUCUUCCCUGCACGCGCGAUUCGGGCUGCACUUUUGCCACGAGAAUCCAUCAUGCGAUGACUGAGCGGGCUUUGGGCACAUCUACUGAUUCUAUUACAGGGGGUGAAUGAUGGAUGAGGAUGGGGGAAAUCUCUCCGGUGACCUCCGCGCCAGGGACACAGAGGGGCGCUCCUCUCUCCCCAGAACUUUCAUACGGCUCAACGACCUGUCUGGGGCCGGAGGAGGAGGCGUAGAACGCGGCGAGGUGGAGCCAGUAUCACCGGGACCUGAUGGACUCUCUACAUCCGGGGAGGAGGCCUCGGCAGGCGGGGAUGAUGAGCUGCCUCACCCCACCCUGGCUCCCGUCGUGUUUUUCUACCUGAAACAAACCACCCCUCCGAGGAGCUGGUGUCUGAAGAUGGUCUGCAACCCGUGGUUUGAGCGAGCCUCCAUGCUGGUGAUCCUGUUGAACUGCGUCACUCUGGGGAUGUUCCAACCCUGUGAGGACCACGACUGCGAGUCGGAACGAUGCAAGAUCCUGGAGGAUUUUGAUGACUUCAUCUUUGCGUUCUUUGCGGUGGAGAUGGUCAUCAAGAUGGUGGCGCUGGGCAUCUUCGGCAAGAAGUGUUAUCUAGGAGACACCUGGAACAGACUCGACUUCUUCAUCGUGCUGGCCGGAAUGCUGGAGUACUCUCUGAACCUGCAAAACGUGAGUUUCUCAGCGGUGAGAACGGUUCGAGUUCUGAGACCCCUCCGAGCCAUCAACAGAGUACCUAGUAUGCGUAUCCUGGUGACCCUGCUACUGGACACCCUGCCCAUGCUGGGGAACGUCCUGCUGCUCUGUUUCUUUGUCUUCUUCAUCUUCGGCAUCGUGGGCGUGCAGCUGUGGGCGGGGCUACUGAGGAACCGCUGCUUCCUGCCUGAGAACUUCUCACUUCCUCAGUCCGUCGAGCUAGGCAACUAUUACCACACGGAGAACGAUGACGAGAACCCCUUCAUCUGCUCCAUGCCCAGGGAGAACGGCAUGCGUCUGUGUUCCUCUGUGCCCAUCCUGUAUGAGGAGGGAGGUCUCCAGUGUCAGAUGGACAUGAACUCCUACAACAGCACAGACAACACCACCUGCAUCAACUGGAACCAGUACUACAGUAACUGCUCGGCGGGAAACGUCAACCCCUUCAAAGGGGCCAUCAACUUUGAUAACAUCUGCUACGCCUGGAUCGCCAUCUUUCAGGUGAUCACGCUGGAGGGCUGGGUGGACAUCAUGUACUUUGUGAUGGACUCUCACUCAUUCUACAACUUCAUCUACUUCAUCCUCCUCAUCAUUAUUGGCUCUUUCUUCAUGAUCAACCUGUGUCUGGUCGUCAUCGCCACCCAGUUCAGUGAGACCAAGCAGAGGGAGAGCCAGCUGAUGAAGGAACAGCGCAUCCGUUUCCUGUCCAACGCUAGUACCCUGGCCUCCUUCUCCGAGCCGGGCUCCUGCUACGACGAGCUGCUCAAACUCCUGGUCCAUGUCAUCCGCAAGGGGUGCAGGCAGGUGGCCCAUGUCUGUCGGGCCUUGAUGCGCCGUGCUGGGAUGAACAUCGCAGCCUCUCCCCCUGCCCUGGAGCGAGAGAGGGGGAGCCAGAGAAGGAGGAGGAAGGCUUCCAGACAGGGUUCUGUGGUCUCCAGAAAAGGGUCUAUGUCCGUUCAUCACUUGGUUCACCAACAUCACCAUCAUCAUCAUCACUAUCACCUAGUGAAUGGGAGUGUGAGGGUGGGACUAGGGGGCAGGGGGGUGGAGGGGGUCGGGGGAGGAGGGGCGGACGUGGAGACGGGUUCACAUAGCAACAACGGUGGCGCUGGACGGCUCAUGUUGGGUCCUCCUCCAUCGACCCCCGACCUGAACUUGUCGACCCCGGCGUCACCAGCCAAUCCCGCGCUGGGCAUCAUGUGCCACACAGACUGCCACCUGGAGCCCACCACCCCCACUACCCUCACCCCUACCCCUAGCCCCUUCUCCCUGGCACCCAUCCCCAUGUCCAGGGCUAUGAAGAGGAACUCAGUGCCCUUUGCUGCCCCCGGACCUAAGAACUACCCCACCCUACAGCCAAGGGCACUAAUGGAGUCUAGAAGUGGCAGUGUUACAGCUAGUACCAUCAGUAAUAUAAACCUCAACCUCAAUAUACCACCACUAACCUUGGAGAGGGGACCACAGAGUCUGGUGGACACACACACACCCACGCCAGCCCAGCUAUCCAGCCGUGACCUGAGUGUCGCCGGAACCCUGGAACCCUCGUUCCCCUUUGACCCUGAGUCAUGCCCAUACUGUGCCAAGGCCCUAGCAGGGGAGUCAGAGGGCACGGACGGAAACGACAACCCCGGGGACUCCGACAGCGAGGGCAUCUACGAGUUCACCCAGGACCUCCACCACAGGGACCGCAGGGACCGUCAGCCCAGGAAGGGGCAGCGGAAGCUGGGUACCACUGCAGGGCGAGUGGUCCGGGCCUGGAGGCUGGUGUGUGACACCUUCAGGAAGAUAGUCGACAGCAAGUACUUUGGAAGAGGGAUCAUGAUCGCCAUUCUGAUUAAUACACUGAGUAUGGGGAUCGAAUACCACGAACAGCCUGAUGAGCUGACCAAUGCGUUGGAGAUCAGUAACAUAGUGUUCACCAGUCUGUUUGCCUUGGAGAUGUUACUCAAGGUGUUGGUCUAUGGGCCGUUCGGAUACAUCAAAAAUCCCUACAACAUUUUUGACGGAAUCAUAGUGGUCAUCAGUGUAUGGGAGAUCGUGGGUCAGCAGGGCGGUGGUCUGUCUGUGUUGCGUACCUUCAGGCUGAUGCGGGUGUUGAAGCUGGUGCGCUUCAUGCCCGCUCUGCAGAGACAGCUGGUGGUGCUGAUGAAGACCAUGGACAACGUGGCCACCUUCUGCAUGCUACUCAUGCUCUUCAUCUUCAUCUUCAGUAUCCUGGGCAUGCAUCUGUUUGGCUGUAAGUUUGGAUCAGAGAGAGAUGGAGACACUCUACCAGACAGGAAGAACUUUGACUCUCUGCUCUGGGCCAUCGUCACUGUGUUUCAGAUCCUAACUCAAGAGGACUGGAACAAGGUGCUGUAUAAUGGUAUGGCUUCCACCACUCCUGUGGCUGCUCUCUACUUCAUCGCCCUCAUGACCUUUGGGAACUACGUCCUCUUCAACCUGCUGGUGGCCAUCUUGGUCGAAGGCUUUCAGACUGAGGAAGUGCCCACGACAGAGGACUUGCAUGUCCAGUUGAGCGUUAUUCAACUGCCUACAGGGUCAGGGGGCGAAGAAUCCAAAUCAGUGUCGGAGGCAGAUUUAUCCUCGAGGAGUAUGGAGGACGUGAACAGCAGUAGAAAGGAUGUGUCUGGCUCCCCGGUAGUCCCAAUAAACGGUCAUGUUGACCUGAAGAACAGUCUGACCCCUCCUCUGAUUACCCAUACUGCUGCCACCCCCAUGCCCGUUCCCAAGCUGCCCGCCGUGGGUGACCCUGCCCUGGGUUACGAAUCCCAACGCGGCAGCAAUGUCUCCAUGGACCUAGCCUCCUACGACAAGUCUCCGACCAGUGCCCAUAGCACCUCACCUUACGCCCCGUGGUGCUCUGCCAGUGGCUGGACCAGCCGUCGAUCGAGCUGGAACAGCGUAGGCCGUGCCCCCUCGCUCAAACGGACAAAGCUUCAGUCUGGCGAACGACGAUCGCUCCUCUCCGGCGAGGGAGGGUCCAGUUCGGAGGAUGAGGAGGGGAGAGGAGGGGGGACAUCGGAGGGGGACGAUGCAUCCCUGUGUCGUACUAACUCCAUGUCCCAGUCCCAGCCCAGACACAGGAGGAUGGAGUCGGUGGAGACCAGGGGGUCCAUAGACCUGGCCCCCGACACACUGCUACAGGUGCCCUACCUGUAUCGCUCAGCCAGUAUGCACAGCUCCAGACCCCCCUCGCUAGGAGGCCUGAGAGCCCCAGAGCACAGUGACUGUAAUGGGAAGGGUACUUCGGCCCCCGGUGGGGCCCUGGCCCCUACACAGCUCUCCCUGGAGGACAACACGGAGGACGACGCAGCAGAGGAGGAGGUGGUCGUGGGUCAUUUUGCCAGGCUGUUAUGCUGGCUGGACAGGAAACAGCCAGAGUGGUGUCGACAGAGAGAUACCUGGUCCCUGUACAUAUUACCCCCAGACUCCAGGUUUCGGAUGGCGUGCAAUAAGAUAAUAACCCACAAGAUGUUUGACCACAUUGUUCUGGUCAUCAUCUUCCUCAACUGCAUCACCAUCGCCAUGGAAAGGCCGAGGAUAGACCCAUACAGCGUGGAGCGUAUCUUCCUCACAUUAUCCAACUACAUCUUCACAGCGAUCUUCGUGGCUGAGAUGACAGUCAAGGUGGCUGCACUGGGCUGGUUACUUGGUGAUAAGACCUACCUGAGGAGCAGCUGGAACAUUCUAGAUGGGAUUUUAGUGAUGAUCUCAGCCAUAGAUAUCCUGGUCUCGUUGGUAUCGAACAGCAGCCCCAAGAUACUGGGCAUGCUCAGAGUGCUGCGCUUGCUACGAACGCUCAGGCCACUACGUGUGAUCAGCAGGGCGCCAGGUCUGAAGCUGGUAGUGGAGACUCUGAUGUCGUCUCUGAAGCCUAUAGGGAACAUCGUGGUCAUCUGCUGCGCUUUCUUCAUCAUCUUUGGUAUCCUGGGAGUACAGCUCUUCAAGGGGAAGUUCUUUGCAUGUCAGGGAGAUGACGUGAGAAACAUCACCAACAAGUCAGACUGUAUAAUUGCCAACUACAAAUGGGUUAGACAGCAGUACAACUUUGAUAACCUGGCACAGGCUCUGAUGUCUCUCUUCGUGCUGGCUUCUAAAGAUGGUUGGGUGGAUAUCAUGUAUGAUGGAUUAGAUGCAGUGGGAGUCAACCAACAGCCACAGCUGAACUACAACCCAUGGAUGCUCCUCUACUUCAUCUCCUUCCUGCUCAUCGUCAGCUUCUUUGUGCUCAACAUGUUCGUGGGCGUGGUGGUGGAGAACUUCCACAAGUGUCGUCGCAGCCAGGAGGCCGAGGAGGCUAAGCGCAGGGAGGAGAAGAGACUGAAACGGAUGGAGAAAAAGAGACGGAAUGUGUUGAUGAUUCCGGGGGUGAGUUGGGUCCUCUCUGAAGGCACACUGACAGAAGCUCAGAGUAAGCCUUACUACUCGGAUUACUCCCCCACUCGACUCCUCAUCCACAAGAUGUGCACCUCCCAGUAUCUGGACCUCUUCAUUACCAUUGUCAUCGCACUCAAUGUCAUCACCAUGGCGAUGGAACACUACCAGCAGCCAAAGGAGUUGGACGAGGCGCUGAAGAUCUGUAACUACAUCUUCACCGUCGUCUUCGUCCUGGAGUCUGUCUUCAAGCUGGUGGCCUUUGGCUUCCGACGUUUCUUCAAGGACAGGUGGAACCAGCUGGACCUGGCCAUAGUGUUGUUGUCCAUCAUGGGCAUCACUCUGGAGGAGAUUGAGGUCAAUGCAUCCCUGCCCAUCAACCCUACUAUCAUCAGAAUCAUGAGAGUGCUAAGGAUAGCACGAGUGCUGAAGCUGCUGAAGAUGGCAGUGGGGAUGAGAGCGUUGCUGGACACUGUCAUGCAGGCUCUGCCUCAGGUGGGGAAUCUGGGUCUUCUCUUCAUGCUGCUCUUCUUUAUCUUCGCAGCACUGGGAGUGGAACUGUUUGGUGAUCUCAUUUGUGAUGAGCUGCACCCGUGUGAGGGCUUGGGACGCUACGCUACGUUUAAGAACUUUGGCAUGGCCUUCCUGCUGCUGUUCAGAGUUUCCACAGGAGACAACUGGAAUGGCAUUAUGAAGGACACCCUGCGAGACUGUCAACAGGAGAAUGCAGGCACCUGUUACAACACGGUGGUCUCUCCCAUCUACUUUGUCUCCUUUGUGCUGACUGCCCAGUUUGUCCUGGUCAACGUGGUCAUAGCCGUCCUCAUGAAGCACCUGGAGGAGAGCAACAAAGAGGCCAAGGAGGAGGCAGAGCUGGAGGCUGAACUAGAGCUGGAGCUCCAGCAUGGAGGAAGGGGAGGGGGAGGCAGUGGGAGAUCACCCCAGCUAAGCCCUCUGGCCCUGGGCAUGGAGGAGGGAUCUGGGGGCUCCCCCUGGAGGUCUCCAGAGAGGGAGAUCCAGAAGAGGGGCAAUGUGAUGGAUUCUCCCCCAGCAGAUAUCACUAGAAGAGACUCCAUACACAUCAGCACUGAUCCUCCGCUAGGCCAGGAGCCACCACUAGAGCGAAGAGCGAUGUUUGACUCGGUCUCCUCGGUGAUCCAGGGUUCGAUGGAGGGAGAGUUGAGUCUGAUGGACAACCUGUCAGGGUCAAUAUGUCACUACUACGCCCUGCCCCCACUACCCAGCAAGCACUGCAGUGACAGGAAGAUCCCUCUAGCGGAGAUGGAAGCUCUCUCUCUGACCUCCGACAAAUCCUGGUCCCUAGCUCUCACCGACGACUCCACCCCUGAUGAUAUUAACCCUCUCUUACUAACCAGUCUGGAGUCCAACGUGGAGUUGCUUGAUCCUGUGGAGCCGUUGGACAACCUGUUGAGUGUACGGAAGUCAGCGGUGGGCCGCACCCACUCCCUACCAAACGACAGCUACAUGUUCCUGCCUCUGGAGCCCUUCGGACCCCCAGGAGCCGGCCUGGCUCCUGGCUUAGCUCCAGUACUGACACAGGCUACAGGGCCACAGCACAUAGAGGCACUUAACAGGGCUCUGUCAGGCUCCAGGACCUCGGUGCGGUCCCAGCCAGAGGAGAGCUCCCAGCAGUUGGCUGUUCCUACAGACUUCUUCAGACCCAUCAGUCCUCACAGCCUCUCAGACUCAGAGAAUAUACCCCGACUACCCCCGCCACGGCACACACACACACUCAGCCGCACGCUCCGCAGACAGGUGGCAGUAUCUAAUGAUUCCCAGGAGGCUCUGUGGUCUGACGGAGGGGAGGGUGAGGAGGGGGUCCUAAAUGUAGCUUCCCUAGCCCUCCCCCUUUCCUCCUCCUCCUCCUCUUCCUCAUCCUCCCAUCUUCACCAGCAGCCUUCUCUUCGGCUGGUCCCUGCCACCCCAGGGGCGUCCCCUCAACGGUCGCGCCCCAGUAGUGUUCACACCCAACACCCCUUCUCAAACCACGACCAGCACCACCUCUCCUCCUCCCCCCCUCCUCCCCUCCCCUCCACUCGCCCCUGGAGACAGGAAGAGGCCUCGGCAGACCACGAAGUGUCGCUCAUCAACCGGGCGGGGCUGGCGGGGAGUGAGGAUGUCACCGGUGUCGGACUGGGGUCAGAGGUCGGAGGUCUUGAGGGCAGUUACCAAGGUUAUGAGGUUGGUCGUGGUGAGGGGAGCCGGCCGUGCCUGAGGCAGCUGAAAAGGUUCCACAGCGCUGACGCCCAGGGGCGGAGCAUUCUAGCGUCCCGGCCACGCCCCCUGUCCUGGUUGGACGAUCCUCGGCGCCACUCAGUGGAGGUGUGUUCGUCUGUAGAGUCCAGCCCCCAGCGCAGCACUACGUCCACGUCCUCGGGGUUCGUCUCCCGAGCAGACAGCCUCCAGAUCCAUUCCCAGACCACAACAAAGACCCUGCCCUCUCCCCGACGCAAGAAGAAAAUGAGCCCCCCGUGUAUCUCCGUAGACCCCCCUGAUGGACUGGAGUCCCAAUCCGGCCUCCACCCUACCCUGGGAGGUCUGGGGGCCCUAGGGAUAUCCCCUCCCUUACCCAGCCGGGAUACCUCCUGUCUGAGGAGACGGGCUCCCUCCAGUGACUCCAAGGACUCCUUUGACCUCGGGGCAGGGGAGGGGCUGGGCCAGGAGGGAGGGGGGCCCAACACCAAGCUGUUGACUCUGCCCAGCUUCUCCUUCGAGAAGACAAGCUCUGAGCACUGAACACUCACACACACUGAUGUACACACACUCACUGACACACACACACACACACACACACACACACACACACACACACACACACACACACACACACACACACACACACAGAGACGAACCAUUAAGCACAUAGGCACACAGACACACACAUGCAAACACACGAUACACUUGGUGUAUCCGUGAUGGUGAUAGUCGUAGUAAUAAUACCGUAGAGAGUAAUUAUGGUAAAACUACAACAAAACGGUCAAAUCAUCCUUGGUUUUAUUGAGGAUCAGUGCAGUACUGUCGUAGUGUGACCAUCCCUUGUCUUUGUAUUGUUGUACUGCCAAAACCACAAGAACGCGAAAAGAACACAGCAUAAGCAGAGAUGAAACAAGAAUACAAACAUGACUGUUUCCAUUAUACCACACCUGCACGCCGCCAUUGGCUGCAGGUCGACCCCAUGACCUCUGGAGUGAAGUCAGCACCAAUAACUUUGGAUAGCACCUGCCUGUGGCCACUAUUGGGAAUGCUCAGUGUUAGACAGUGGGACUUCACCCUCACACGGGCAACAGUGGAGGUACAAAGCAAUAUGAACGAUUUAGAGACACUAUUUUCUUAAAUUAUUGGGCCAUAGUGUUUGUACAGGAUGUAGAUUUUUUUAUUAUUUCAUUAUAUAUUUUUUGGGGGUGAUCUUUUUUGUGUUGGGUUUCAAUUUUUCUCUGUUUCAAUGUUCGAAAAAAUGUUUAGCUAGUCGGUUUUGUUUAAUUUUAGGGAUAUUUUCUAGCUUUUUUGAUUUGCUGAGGAAAGUGAUUUUUUUUCAAAGUGCUGAGAAUCAUGUAUUUGUAGGAUUAAUAUAUAUAUAUAUAUAAAAACAACUCAUUAAACUGAGCUUGGAUUUUUAAGCACAAGAAGGGGACUUUGGUGGUUUGAAGGUAGGUAACAGAAUGGGAUAAGUCAAUGUGUUGUUAUUUACUUCAUAACAAACAUGACAAACAUUAAGACUUUAGAGCAGUGUUUGAAGAUUUUUAUUGACAGGAUAAAAUCUAACGAGAUGCAUUAUCAUAUUUUCAAGGCUGUCCUGAUUUCACAAAAACACACAUACAGUAAUAUUCAAUCCAACAAACACUGAUUUCUUCAACACAAUCCUGGGAAUUCGUAAUUACGUCUUGAAAGAACUUGAUGUAGUAUGUCUGAAUCUACAGUGCCUUCAGAAAGUAUUCAUACACUUUGACCUAUUCCACAUUUUGUUGUGUUAUAGUCUGAAUUAAAAAUGGAUUUUAAAAUUGCUCACGCAUCUACACACAAUACCCCAUAUUGACAAAGUGACAACAUGUUUUUAGAAAAAAAAUAUAUAUAUGCAUAAAUAUCUAAUUUACAUACAAUACCAGUCAAAAGUUUGGACACAUCUACUCGUUCAAGAGUUUUUCUUUAUUUUUACUAUUUUCAACAUUGUAGAAUCAUAUUGAAGACAUCAAAACUAUGAAAUAACACAUGGAAUCAUGUAGUAACCAAAAAAGCGUGAAACAUAUCAAAAUAUAUUUUAGAUUCUUCAAAGUAGCCACCCUUUGCCUUGAGGAUAGCUUUGCACUCUCAACCAGCUUCACCUGGAAUGCUUUUCCAACAGUCUUGAAGGAGUUCCCACAUAUCCUGAGCACUUGUUGGCUGCUUUCCCAAACCAUCUAAAUUGGGUUGAUGUCAGGUGAUUGUGGAGGCCAGGUCAUCUGAUGCAGCACUCCAUCACUCUCCUUCUUGGUCAAAUAGUCCUUACACAGCCUGUAGGUGUGUUAGGUCAUUGUCCUGUUGAAAAAACAAAUGAUAGUCCACUAAGCGCAAACUAGAUGGGAUGGCGAAUCGCUGCAGAAUGCUGUGGUAGCCAUGCUGGUUAAGUGAGCCUUGAAUUCUAAAUAUAUCACUGACAGUGUCACCAGCAAAGUACCCCCACACCACCACACCUCCUCCUCCAUGCUUCAUGGUGGGCCACACAUGCAGAGAUCAUCCAUUCACCUACUCUGCGUCUCACAAAGACACGGUGGUUGGAAUCAAAAAUCUUACAGUUGGACUCAUCAGUCCAAGGGACAGAUUUCCACUAGGCUAAUGUCCAUUGCUCAUGUUUCUUGAGUCAAGUAAGUCUCUUCUUCUUAUUGGUGUCCUUUAGUAGUGGUUUCUUUUCAGCAAUAAGACCAUGAAGGCCGGAUUGCUGCAAUCUCCUCUGAACAUUUGAGAUGUGUCUGUUACUUGAACUCUGUGAAGCAUUUAUUUGGGCUGAAAUUUCUGAGGCUGGUAACUCUAAUAAACUUAUCCUCUAAAGCAGAGGUCACUCUGAGUCUUCCUUUCCUGUGGCACUCCUCGUGAGAGCCAGUUUCAUCAUAGCGCUUGAUGGUUUUUGCAACUGCACUUAAAGAAACUUUAGUUCUUCACAUUUUCUGAAUUGACUGACCUUCAUGUCUUAAAAGUAAUGAUUGACUGUCAUUUCUCUUUGCUUAUUUGAGCUGUUCUUGACAUAAUAUGGACUUGGUCUUUUACCAAAUAGGGCUAUCUUCUGUACACCACCCCUACCUUGUCACAAAACAACUGAUUGGCUCAAACACAUUAAGAAGGAAAUAAAUUCCACAAAUUAACUUUUGACAAGGCACACAUGUUAAUUGAAAAGCAUUCCAGGUGACUAACUCAUGAAGCUGGUUGAGAGAAAUGGGUUUGAUCCUCUUUUUUUCAAUUUUCACCUAAAAUGACAUACCCAAAUCUAACUGCCUGUAGCUCAGGACCUGAAGCAAGGAUAUGCAUAUUCUUGAUACCAUUUGAAAGGAAACACUUUGAGGUUUGUGGAAAAUAAAAUUAAUAUAGGAGAAUGUAACACAUUAGAUCUGGUUAAAGAUAAUACAAAGAAAAAAAAACGUUUUUUUUCCAUCAUCUUUGUAAUGCAAGAGAAAGGCCAUAUUGUAUUUUUCCAGUUUAGGCUGAAUUUAGAUUUUGGCCACUAGAUAGCAGCAGUGUAUGUGCAGUUUUAGACUGACCCAAUGAACCAUUGCAUUUCUGUUCAAAAUGUUGUAUCAAGACUGCCCAAAUGUGCCUAAUUGGUUUAUUGAUACAUUUUCAAGUUCAUAAUUGUGCACUCUCCUCAAACAAUAGCAUGGUAUUAUUUCACUGUAAUAGCUACUGUAAAUUGGACAGUUCAGUUAGAUUAACAAGAAUUUCAGCUUUCUGCCCAUAUCAGAUAUGUCUUUGUCCUGGCAAAUGUUGUUGUUACUUACAACAUCAUGCUAAUCACAUUUGCGCACGUUAGCUCAACUGUCCCGAGGGGGGUCACCGAUCCCGUAGUUAAAGUAAUGAUGGACUGUUGUUUCUCUUUGCUUAUUUGAGUUGUUCUUGUCACAAUAUGGACUUGGUCUUUACCAAAUAGGGCUAUCUUCUGUGUACCACCCCUAUCUUGUCACAACACAACUGAUUGGCUCAAACGCAUUAAGAAGGAAAGAAAUUUAAUUAUUUAACUUUUAACAAGGCACACCUGUUAUUUGAAAUGCAUUCCAGAUGAGUACCUCGUGAAGCUGGUUGGGAGAAUGCCAAGAUUGUGCAAAGCUGUCAUCAAGGCAAAGGGUGGCUACUUUGAAGAAUCUCAAAUAUAAAAUAUAUUUUGAUUUGUUUAACACUUUUUUGGUUACUACAUGAUUCCAUAUGUGUUAUGUCGUAGUUUUGAUGUCUUCACUAUUAUUCUACAAUGUAGAAAAUAGUCAAAAUAAAGAACAAUUCUUGAA